UACAACAGCAACAUAUGUUUCUAAUAUUCACUUUGCAGGGAAAGAUGCAGCAUCACUCGUGACCCUAUGCUUGAAACAAAACGCUAGGUUUUAUCACCACUUCACUGGAUUUUAGACUUGUAUUAGUUAUAUUGAGGACUUCUCUUAAAACUUAUAUUUGCACUAUUGGAUACUUAGUCUUCAUUGACGGAUAGAAGGAAUCAGCAACAUUGUGCUGUGGUUAGAAAUACUUACUCGCGAGGGUAUAAAAAUAGAUAUAGUGAGAGCAAGAGGUAGCAAGUCACCAGCAAGCCUGAAUUAACGAGAUAAAAACGAAAGCUAGAGUUUGAUAAUAGUAGAAAAAACUGACUCGGUGCAUGCAUGGUCUGGAAUCAAGGUGGCUGUCUUUUGACGGUUCCAGAGGUUACAAUAAGUUCUGUUCAAGACAAGAAUAAAGAGGGACAUUGUAAAAUGUCGUCCGAGACGGAGGAUAGUAUUCCGGAGGAAGAAGGGAGACCAAAGGAGCAGGAAAUGGAAGCGGACUCAAAAUUGCAAAUCAUCAUCAACAAAAUCAAAGACUUCUUUAAGAAGAUUUAUGCAGUAUCCAAGUCUCUGUUGGGACUUUCGGUUUUACUUGUGCUUUAUUCAAUUAUAGGAAUGAUUAUGUUUCACUGGAUAGAAUAUCAGGAAGAGCUGGACCAGAGAGAUAAAGUUGUGAACUUCCGGGAACUCACGGCAAAACAACUGUUUAAAUUAAGUAAUGAAAUGCUAAAUGAAACUGAAUGGAUUCAAAAGUCCCGAGAAUAUUUGGAGAAUUAUGAAAAUUUGAUCAGGAACACACCCUAUGAUACCACCGAAAAACCACUUUGGAGUAUGUGGGGAUCUUUGUUUUUCUGUGCUACAAUUUACACUACAAUAGGUUAUGGUCACAUCACACCAAACACAGACUUCGGAAAAGUUAUGACAAUCUUUUAUGCGACAAUUGGGAUACCUUUAGCUUUAAUGGUGUUAGCAGAAGUCGGCAAAAAGUUAACCGUGGGUUUAAAGUUUCUGUGGAAAUUUGUAAGAAGAUACUAUUACACUGGAUAUUGCAUAAAAGUACGCCAGACGGGAAGUACAUAUAUGAAGAGCGGGUUUCAACGCGGGAAAACAGCUCUACGGAAGGCAUCUGUAAGAUCUGUUAGGCGACUUCGAGGUCGUCGGGAGUCCCCUGUAGACAAAGAAAACAACGAAACUUCCGAAACCAUUGAUAUUGAGGCAGGUACUGAUGUCAUAGGUUCAACAGAACUUCCGCUGGCAGUUUUAGAGGAAGCUGCGCAGAUAAUGGCGGAAUCGUCACUUGAGCAGGUGACACUUCAUGGAAAUGGCAUUCAACAAAUUACAUUGGUGGUACCCGAAACAGAAGAAACUGAAAGCACUCUCCACGGAAACAACAUCCAACAUGUUACACUGAUGGUUCCAGAAACAGAGGAAACGGAGAGCGCAUGCGGGGACUCUGUGACGUCAAAGGAGUCACACGAUAUGAAUGAUUUUGAAAUUGACGAGAAUUUUAACCUGCCCCUUCCUAUCGCCUCUGUUAUAAUGUUAAUAUAUAUCUUCUUAGGGACCUGCUUCUACAUGAUUUUAGAACAGUGGAAUUUCAUCGAUUCCUUUUAUUACGUAUUCAUUUCAAUAAGUACCAUAGGUUUUGGCGACAUUGUACCUGGUCAACCAGAGUAUUUCUUGGUGUCUUCAAUCUACCUUUUUCUCGGAUUGGCGCUUGUAUCCAUGUGUAUAAAUGUCGGUGUUGACUAUUUAAAUGUGACAAUAGAUAAAGCUAAAGUACAGAUGGACAAAGCUAGAGAUAAAAUGAGUAUUGUUGGUAGAAAACACAUGAAAAUUGCUGGAGAACAAUGGGGUAAAGCAAAAGUCCGAGCCAGGACGAAGGCUACGGAAAUGAGAACAAAGGCACGAGAAAAGGCCACGGAAGUACACAAUAUUGCCAAAGACAAGGCAAAAGAAGUGAGAAAAGACAUCGUGUUAAACGUGCAAAAUGAACUUUCAAGAAUGAAGUCAUCGAGGAAGAAAAAUUCUUUAGAUUCGAAUGGGAAACCUCCUUCCGAGGAGAAUGUUGAGAGAGAAGUGUCUGUGGACAGAACUUUAACUCUCCAGAGAGUCACACAUAGACAUGAUAAAGACAAAAUCGUUUUAAAUGGAUCUCCAAAGCAAUAUAACCCUUCUGGGCCUGUGACAGAGUUAUGAGAUGAGUAGAACGUUUUUAAAGUUCAUCUUAAGAUAAGCAAGGCGUCCUAUUGAGCAAAGACAAUGAACCACAUUUCUAAUUGAGAAUUCAGGAAUACCGAUCUAAAAUUUGUUAAAUGGAUCAAAUGGACAAAUCAUGAAGUCUUAAGAACUUCAACGAUGAGAUGAUCUUUCUCAUAGCGCUGUUUGGUCGAGGAUGAGAGCAUGGAAAAAGUUAACAGAAAUAAUUCCAAGAAAACAUGAUGUAACAAAAUGACUGUAUAAGAUUACAAAUUCAUGAAAUGUUGACUUGCCAAAGUGUUGGGAACUCCAAGGUUGUGAAACAACCAGACACGAAGCAAAUGCUUGUUCAGGAAUAAAACAGUAUGUCAGAAAUAGCUGUAUCAGACAUGUAUUUAUAUCAUUUUAUCAUUCAUGCUUCCUGGAAACAUACAUGAAACAUGGGAGCAUCAGGGUACAUAGCAAGUUCACUUUGUGUUUCAGUGUGUACAGAAGAUAAAACGAUGAUACAAUUGUUUCCUACUUCAAGAACAUUUCCAUUUCUAUUCACGUGUCCCUGAACUUGACAAUGCAACUUUUGUAUAUAUCAAACAAGCAUGAUUGUGUGUGUUCACAUUACCCUCCAAACUUACAUCAGGAGAGAGAUUGAAUCCUUAACACCAUCAUUCAUAUCAUAUUAACAUUUUUUAACCAGUAUGUAGAGUAUUCUCUUCCAUAAUACAAAUGUAUACCUACAUAUUCAUAUUAAACCUUUUUUUAAAAUCUCAAUUAGAGAUACAUAAUUGUAUAAAUUAUUCUAUUUUAAAUUGCGAAUUUCUGGGAACUAUAUCCAAAAUUCCCACCCAGAAAACUUUAUGACUCAUAUUUCGUUUUGCUAAUUAAGCUGUGCUAUUUCUCUUCUUAAGUUAAAUUUAGAUAUCAUUGCUGUAUCUUAAGGACCCAGGGAACCAUAACUCUCUUUUUUAACUCGACUGACGCGUCAAUUAGAUCGAAUUCCAUCUUCUGCCUUUUGGAAAAAGGAACACCUGUAAAUAUUUACACGUAGUUUUAGAAUCUUCAGGAAUGUUGUUAGUUGCUCUGAUUAGGGCAAUCUUUAACUAGCAAUAUUUGAAACCUAACUCGCUCUUACGACUUGUGCGAACGAAAGUAAUAUCAUGACAUAAAUGCAUAUAUGCAACCCCAAAAUUUCUAGCAGACCAUUUAGUUUUUACGAGAAUGAUAUACAAUCUACCCAUUAUUCUUGUAUCAUGGUUUUUGUAGUGUAUUAAAUCAUUUUAAUUUUCCAUACUGUCAACAUAAAACUUCAAGAUUUUAGUUUAACUUGAUAGGAAUACAAAUUGAACUGAUUGCCUUGUUACAUGUCAACUGAUGUGUUUUUCCUCUACACUUGUAAAAGGUUUUUUUUCACAAUAAGGGACUUGAUAGUAAAUGUGAGAUUUGAAAGUCAAAUAUGUUAGAUAUACUUGUUUAUACAGUCUUUUUCCAUUUGUGUAUGUACAAAAUUGAUGUUGAUAUCAUCACAAAAGAAACCACCUCAAACUCCAUAGCAACAUUUUAUUACUUUGGUAUUCUUUUUAUUUUGUUUUAAAUGGUUUUGUUUUUGUCUGCUAUUGAAACUGUAGAAUAUGUUUAUCAAAUUAAGAAUAAACCGCUCAAUUUUUUUAUGUUUAGGAAAUGCUGAUUGUUUUUAGCCAUAUUGUUAUUUAUUCGUUUUAGUAUAAGCCACGUUUAGAAAUACAUAAAUGAUCUUGUUAAACAAGUUAAGUGUCGAAAGAAAGUUGUUUGUGUGAAGGCGGUGGAACAGAAGUGGUAAUUGCGGAGAGAGAAUAAAAACUCACCAUUACAAAGGAUGAUCACCCUACUGAAAAAAAAAAAAGAUUGUUUUGGUGACCGAUUUCCUUCUACUGGCAAUCGUAUCCCCGUAUUGUUACAUUUUUGACAGUAUGCUUGUGAGGGCGAGUGUGUGCGUUGUAGUGAUUGUGUGAUUGAAUACCAUUGUUAUUUUCAUGAAUGAUUGUUAUCUGUUUAUCAUCUCCACCAUUCCAGUUAAUAAAUGUUUUUCUAAUUUUACAAAUAUA